UCCUUCCACCUUUUCAUUACUACACUCCCACUCCCUCCCUCCCUCCCGCUCUCUCUAUAUAUUUCCCUAUAAAAGUUACAUCUCCUGUAAAAUUGUACUCUCCUUUCUCUCUUCUCUCUGCUCCUUGUAAUAGCACAAGAAACCAUUACUGACGCAUAUAUCUCAAACUAACGGUUUCUCUCCCAUUUUGCCCCUUUGUUCCGCUCUCUGAUGCCACCGUCUGCCUUCCACUAGAUCUUCUUACCACUCCCUCUUAUUGUCUUGUAAUAUCUGAUCCCACAGCUGAUUUCUCUUCUUCUUGCUUCCGAAAAUGAUCACUUGGAAGGAUCUCUACACAGUUUUGACGGCGGUUAUUCCGCUCUACGUGGCGAUGAUCCUCGCCUACGGUUCCGUCCGGUGGUGGAAGAUUUUCUCGCCCGACCAGUGCUCUGGGAUCAACCGCUUUGUGGCGAUAUUUGCUGUCCCCCUGCUCUCCUUUCACUUUAUCUCCACCAACGACCCUUACGCCAUGAACUUCCGGUUUAUUGCAGCAGAUACGUUGCAGAAGAUAAUUAUGCUGUUUGUGCUCGCUCUAUGGACCAAUUUAAGCAGGAAUGGAAGCCUGGAGUGGAUGAUAACCAUAUUCUCUCUCUCCACGCUUCCAAACACGCUGGUCAUGGGCAUACCUCUCCUUAUCGCCAUGUAUGGCCAGUACUCUGGUUCUCUCAUGGUCCAGAUCGUCGUCCUCCAGUGUAUCAUCUGGUACACCCUCCUGCUCUUCCUCUUCGAGUAUCGCGGAGCUAAGAUCCUUAUCAUGGAGCAGUUUCCAGAGACCGCCGCCUCCAUCGUUUCCGUCCGAGUCGAAUCAGACGUUGUCUCUUUGGACGGCCGAGACUUCUUGGAGACCGACGCGGAGAUUGGCCAAGACGGAAAGCUCCAUGUAACCGUCCGCAAAUCUAAUGCCUCGAGACGCUCGCUUGGGCCUUGCUCCCUACCAGCAUUGACGCCCAGGCCCUCGAACCUCACCGGCGCUGAGAUAUACAGCUUGAGUUCGUCCAGGAACCCCACUCCAAGAGGCUCCAAUUUCAACAAUUCGGACUUCUACUCCAUGAUGGGCGUUCCUGGAUUCCCUGGCCGGCAUUCCAACUUCGGCCCUGCAGAUUUGUACUCGGUGCAGUCUUCGCGAGGACAAACACCUAGGCCAUCAAAUUUCGAGGAGAAUUGCACAGGGAUAUCUUCUCCAAGAUUUGGGUUCUACCCUGCGACGCAGACUGUACCCACGUCGUACCCGGCUCCAAAUCCAGAGUUCUCAUCCACUGUUACAACCAAGAACAACAAAACCCAGAAGGAAAACAACCACCCGCAACAGCAACAGCAACAAAACCAGAACCAGAACCAGAACCAGAACAACAAAGCGAACCAUGACGCCAAGGAGCUCCAUAUGUUCGUGUGGAGCUCGAGCGCGUCACCGGUUUCCGACGUAGCAGGGCUCCACGUUUUCGGCGGGAAUGAUUUCGAGGGGACAGAGCAAUCUAGACGGUCCGAUCAAGGAGCAAAAGAGAUCAGGAUGAUCGUAUCUGAUCAUGCCCAGAAUGGUGAAAGCAAAGGGAGCGGUGAGUUCGUCGAGGAGUUUAGCUUUGCCGGGAAAGAAGGAGAAGAAGAGAGAGAGAAGGAAGGAGCAGGUGGACUUAACAAGCUGGGGUCAAGCUCUACGGCUGAGUUGCAUCCGAAAGGCAGGGGAGGGGCAGAUACCGGCGGCGGAAAACAAUUGCCUCCGGCUAGCGUUAUGACCCGCCUGAUCCUGAUCAUGGUCUGGCGCAAACUCAUCAGGAACCCCAACACAUACUCCAGUCUCAUUGGGCUUACUUGGUCUCUGAUUUCUUUCAGGUGGCAUGUGAGUAUGCCAAAAAUAGUACAGCAGUCGAUCUCAAUUUUAUCAGAUGCUGGGCUUGGAAUGGCAAUGUUCAGUCUAGGUUUGUUCAUGGCCCUGCAACCCAAGAUUAUCGCCUGCGGCAACUCUGUGGCUGCAUUUGCCAUGGCUGUCAGGUUCCUCACCGGCCCAGCAGUCAUGGCUGCGGCUUCAAUUGCUGUUGGUUUGCGCGGCACUCUCCUC